AUGGAUGACUUCCUAGAUACCUCUGGAAUUGAUAUGAAUAACAAUUCAAAUCUUUCCGUUUAUAUCCAAUUGAUUACCUUCAGAAAAGGUUCAGCGGAUGAGAUAUCUAUUGAUGUACCGGAAGACUGUCAGGUUAAGACGGCUCGAUGUCUUGCUGAACGUUUGAAUUUCCGUUUUCGGUUUUUAUUUGACACCCGCAAAGUUAUCAUCACCCGGGACGCCUCACUUCAUAGCCUGGAGUUACCCGAACUGGGUGAUUUUGAGGCUGAUAUGCAAGGAUCGUUCUAUCAUGACUACAUUGACACUGGAGAUACGAACAUGGAUGUGGACAUCUCUACAUACCAAUAUUUUUCAACACCUCUAUACGAAUUACCUGGUGGUUUUGAAGCCGAUGUACAAAACCUUGGUUUCUCAGAUGAGCUAUUCUCCGACAUGCCACUGAAUAUAAACGACGCUACAUUCAAUAAUUCUGCGAACGACUUUUCGGGUGAGAAUAUUGGUGGUGAGACAUUCCCAGACUGGGAGGAUCUAGUGAAUCUUGUGGACCAACAUGACCUUGACCUGGAUACUGACAUGCUGGAUAACCCUCAGCUCGACAACAGCACUCUUGAUAAUGCGCUUGAAUCAUGUCAAACUACUCAGUCGGAAAUAAACACUCCAGCUGCUACCAGGAUUCAAAAUCCUAUAACUGAUAUUCCAGCAUGGAGAGAGACACACCUAGCCCCUGCUGCAGUAUUGGAUGUGCCAACACCUCGACCUCUUAGUCGCGCAGAAUCAAUUCAGAAUGUGCCGUUGAACAAUUUGCAAUCACAAGGAAUCGAUAUCGUGAUCAAAUCUAGCUCGAGUAGAAGCGAUUCUAGCCUCGGCAAUACACCAUCGAGCUAUCAAGAAGGGGUUUUUAGCUCGACGCCGGGUUUUUCGAGUAUGCCAACAACCUAUGGAUCUUCGCCUCGUCGAAUGGGUCCUCUAGACUCUGCCACUCGUGCUAAGGCAAAUGCGGUCAAAGCUCUGGGGGCGUGUUGGAGGUGCCGGUUCUUACGGAAACCAUGUGAUGCACAAACUUGCUGCAGUCAAUGUAAAGGCAAACAGGGUGGGCCAUGGCAUAGCAUUGGCUGCAAGCGGGGCGAUAUCAAGAACAAAAUGCUUCCGAUAUCAUUAUGUCCUAGAAAAACCACUGAAUCGUUACACUCACCUGCAAUAUCAGAUAUGAAAAGACCUUGGCUACACGCAAAUCAUUGCAGUCAAGAAAUUUUCGAGCAGCGCGAGAAAGAUUUACUUCCCGGUAUUAUGAGGGUUUCGAGCCUCCCGAAAUUCCACGGAUUUCUUCAAAACUUGGAAACCGGCGAGUCACCACUUUGUGCAGUUCUAAGCCGCACUCGAAUGUUCUUGAUAGAGAAGUUGAAUGAGACUGUAUCAGCUGUUUUGAAACCGCUUGAUUACUGCAUUAUGACUAUCCUUUGGGGACUUCUCGAAUGUGAAAAGUCCCAGAAUGCAAUUCAACCUUGGAUGACCCUACACAGUGGCACCCUAGAAGAUUUCAUAAUGCUUCUAAAUGCUGCAGCUAUAUAUCAAGCAAGUAUUGGGAGUGGCGUCAUUCGACAAUUCUUGAUAUUAUUAUCGCCCACAGGCCAGAAUGAGGUAUCCAAAGAUUGGGAACUAAGCUCCACACAAUAUUUACACAUUGCCAUUCGGUUAUUCACCGUGAGUUCUGGUAACCACGAUCCAUUAAUUAAAGAUUGGUCCUCGGAACUUGCUUUUCCAUCGACGGAUGGUGGAGCACCAAGUAUUGAAGAUUAUCGAAAUGCUCAGUUGGCGAUUAAGCAACCCGAUUGGAAACUUAAAGGUAUCAAGAAGUCGGGUAAUUAUCUAAAGAGAUUAUUUGAGGACAAUGGAGGGACUCUUGCAGAACCAGAUGAUGGGUCCAAAUUUCAUAAUUCUUCCUGA